UUCACCCAAGUAAAGAAAAGAAUUAUUGCCCAAUUAGCUUAACCCAGCCCCUCACCUACCUCCUAGCUGCAGUCGUCCUAGCUUCCAGAAGCCUUCCUCUGCCUAUAAAUAGACACCAACCCUGCUACCAUCCUCCUUCCCUCCUCAACUCAUUUGAUCACACAUACCUGCAUCGAUCAGAACAAUGGCGCCUGCAUUGCUCAGAUCAAGACUUGUGAUCGGUGCCCUCCUCUGCAUACUUCUUUCCUCAGAUGUCGGCGUGCUGCGGCGGGCGGCGGCGCUGGGCAUCAACUACGGUCAGGUGGCGAACAACCUGCCGUCGCCACCGCAGGUGGUUUCGCUGCUGUCUUCGCUGUGCAUCGGCAAGGUGCGCAUCUACGACGUCAACCCGCAGGUGCUGUCGUCGUUCGCCGGCACGGGCAUCGAGCUCAUCGUCACGGUGCCGGACGACCUGGUGCCGCCCAUGGCAGCCAGCCAGGCCCAGGCGCUGCAGUGGAUCACGGCCAGCGUUCGUCCUUACUUCCCGGCGACGCGCGUGACGGGCAUCGCCGUGGGCAACGAGGUGUUCACGGGCGACGACGAGCAGCUCAAGGCCAGCCUCGUGCCGGCCAUGCGCAACCUGCACGCCGCGCUGGCGCAGCUCGGGAUGGACGGGUACGUGCACGUGUCCACGGCCAACUCCCUCGCCGUGCUCGCCACCUCGUACCCGCCGUCGCAGGGCACCUUCACGCAGGAGGCGGCCAGCUACAUGGCGCAGCUGCUUCGAUUCCUGGCCGAGACCAACGCGCCCUUCUGGAUCAAUGCCUAUCCCUACUUCGCCUACAAGGAUGACCCGACAAGGGUGUCACUGGACUACGCGCUCUCAAACAAGAGCCAUGUGGGCGCCGUGGAUCCCAACACCCGGCUGCAGUACACGAGCAUGCUGUACGCGCAGGUGGACGCGGUGACCUUCGCGGCGGCGCGGCUAGGCUACGGCAACGUCCCCGUGCACGUCUCGGAGACCGGGUGGCCGUCCAAGGGCGACGCCAAUGAGGUCGGCGCCACCGUGGAGAACGCCCGCGCCUACAACCGCAACCUGCUGGUGAGGCAGGUGAGCGGGGAGGGCACGCCGCUGCGGCCCAAGCUGCGGCUGGAGGUGUACCUGUUCGCCCUCUUCAACGAGAACAUGAAGCCCGGUCCCUCGUCGGAGAGGAACUACGGGUUGUACCAGCCGGACGGCACCAUGGUGUACAACGUCGGGCUGGUCCAGCAGCGGUCCACGACGUCGGCGGCGUCACUCUCUCUCGCCAUAUCGCCGGCCAACAAGAGGGAUGUUAGGAAGGACUUUGCCGGCAUAUGCCUGUUCACAUCUUCGGCCAUCCUGCUUAUCACCCAAGCUUUCCUCUUGUGAUAGCAAAAGCACCCAAUAGAAGCCAGAUGCAAGGCUACCAAAAUUGCCUGGCUUUUGUGGACCAAAGGGGAGAUGCACCAUUCCAAGGAGGCAAAGGAAAAGCUGCUAGGUGACGAUGCGGAAGGCACUAUCUUGUGUAUUUACAUGGCGAGUCCAUUGUGACACAAACACCGGCACUUUAUUCCUUGGUUUCUUACAGAGGAGGAAGAGGGAAAACAUAUGGAUUCGGAGAUUAUAUGUAAAGAGGAAAAGGGUGGUCUGUAGCUUUAUUCUCUUUGCCUUGCCACACUGGUAUAGACUUCAAUUAGCUUCCUAAUGCAAAUGUACAUAUCGUUGAUUCAUUUAUUUAUUGCUAACCCCAUGUAGCUGAUCACUCUCACGAAGAUGAUCAGGGGCUGGCCGGUGAUGUAAAUAACUGAAAAACGAGCACACGUUGCUUCUCAUGGUAAUGUCUCGAACUAUCAUAUUAUAAUGUUCUUAUUCUUUCUAUGGAUAAAACUGAGCGUCCAACAACUGGAUCUAAUCUGAAGCACUAAUCUCAAGUGAGGUAAUACACAAAUGAAUGAGCCUUUCUUUAACAUUGGGACUAUAAUUGUUACCUAUGUACAACAACAAAAUCAGCUUCCUGCCAAGAAACAGCGCAGAGUCCAGGAUCUCUGCCCCAGUUCUGGUUCCUCAACCACUAUCAAGACCAAGAAAACAGGUUAAUCCCAUUUCAGCCCAUUACGCCAUAUGAGAAAACACAGUUCAUGAAGCUAACUA